UCUUCCUUUACCUGUUGACUGUUGUUGGCUGUAGCGUUAUCCUUUGUUUUAGAUUCGGUAACAACAAUGGCUACAAUGGUGACGCAAGGGCCUUGGCUGAAGAUUGCUUCCGUAUCUCAGCCGAAAUCAGUGGCGAAAUCAACGGAAUUAGGGUUUCUCACUUCUCAACUCAGCGGCGUAAGAAUUUCAUAUGGUUACAGUGAUGUCAUCAAUCGCAUAGCUUUACCUUCCGCUCCCUCUCUUCUUCAACCCAUCGUCGCUCGACGAAUCUGCCCUUUUACUGGGAAGAAAGCAAACAGAGCAAACAAAGUGUCUUUCUCAAACCACAAGACGAAGAAGUUGCAAUUCGUUAACUUGCAAUACAAAAAAGUCUGGUGGGAAGCUGGCAAACGUUUUGUCAAACUUCGUUUAUCAACCAAGGCCUUGAAGACCAUUGAGAAAAACGGGCUCGAAGCUGUUGCCAAGAAAGCUGGUAUAGAUCUUCGCAAGAAGUAGAAACUGUAGAUUCAUCUGAUGAUGAGAUGAGGUAUGUUUAUGUAGUCUUCUUUUAGGCAAUAGUUGAGCUUUGUCCCAUUCUUGGCAUUGCCCGGUUUGUUCAAUCCCUAAUGUCUAUUCCAUCUCUUCUAGCAUUGCCAAACUAUUUAGAUGAUUUAAAGCAGUGGUUUGAAUCUUUUUUCAGUAGAAUCAUUGAAAUGGUAAAAUGUUUCAAAUCCAACUUUUGUAGCUCUUGUCACCAGAAUGUUCUUGAUCAUUAAUUAAACCAGGAUUUCUCCUGUGAUUUCAUCA